AAAAGGAAUGCGUCGUCUGGUAGAUCACAAGCUUUGAACGUUAGCAAAAUUAUGUUACCUACCACCAGUGGCCUGCCUUCAUAUAUAGCGAUAUUCACACAAACAUUACAGAUAUUAUUUCUCUAAUAUAAUCAAAAAGUGGAUACACUAAACUGUUUAUAAACCUAAUAUAGAUAAUUGAAAUGGGAACAGAGAUGGUAAUGGUUCACGAAGUUCCUUUUCCUCCACAGAUCAUCACAGCUUCCAAGCCACUCUCCCUUCUGGGCCAAGGGAUCACAGACAUCGAGAUCCACUUUCUUCAAGUGAAGUUUACGGCUAUCGGAGUUUACUUAGAUCCUUCAGAUGUUAAAACCCAUCUUGUUAACUGGAAAGGCAAGACCGGAAAAGAUCUCGCCGACGAUGACGACUUCUUCGACGCCCUUGCCUCCGCGGAGAUGGAGAAGGUUAUAAGAGUGGUGGUGAUUAAAGAAAUAAAAGGAGCUCAGUACGGAGUACAACUAGAGAAUACUGUGAGAGAUCGUUUGGCUGCAGAGGAUAAGUACGAGGAAGAAGAAGAAACCGAGCUCGAGAAAGUUGUUGGUUUCUUCCAGUCUAAGUACUUCAAAGCUAAUUCCAUCAUCACUUACCAUUUCUCAGCCAAAGAUGGCAUUUGCGAGAUCGGGUUUGAGACCGAAGGGAAAGAAGAGGAGAAACUGAAGGUGGAGAAUGCGAAUGUGGUGGGAAUGAUGCAGCGAUGGUAUCUGUCUGGGAGUAGAGGAGUCUCUCCUUCGACCAUUGUUUCCCUCGCCGAUGAGCUGUCCACACUUUUAACCUAGAAUCCCUUAUAAAAAAAAAAAAAAUUGUUGUGUGUGUUGUUUUAUGUCGUUGUUUAGAUAAGACAUUGUGUUUCGUUAUCUUUAUAAGAUGAUUAAUGCAUAGUCGACCAAAAAAAAUGUUGAUUUUGUUGCAACUUAUAAUCAUCAUCUUGUUCUUGUCAUAACUUCUAGCAUCAAGAAUUCUUUUUUUUGUAGCCUAUAGUUACAGUCAA